GAGCAUGUGCUAUACAACUUCACUCGGUAUUUGUUCAGCGACUACCUGGAGAAUCAUGGGCUCCUGUAUCGGGAUGAGAUCCCUGCAUCAAGAUCUUUGUCCACUAUCCUCGAGGCGACAGCCCAGAAGAUGGAUGACUCGGUGAUGCAGUAUGGCUUUACACCACCACCACUUCCUGUCACUACUAGGGGCGAGGGCUUUCCACUGCAUGCCCUGCAUGUUGUCAACAAGGGUAUUCUGCGAAAAAGCACUGGUCAGAUCCAUCUUAGGGGUUUUCAUGCACCAGAGAAUGCAUCACUCAACAACCUCGUGCAGGAUCGUGUUCGCUUUAAUCUUCCCUGCUGCAUCGAGGACGAUCACUUUGUUCUGCAUCUUGGUGUCAUUGAAUCACCCCUCCAACAUGUUGACAGGGGCCGAAUACACACCUGUAUGGGGCUGAAGCUCUAUUCCUGGUUCCCUCAGGACAGAAAUGGUGCUGCGAUGCCCCCUGACCUUACAGGCAAUGAAAGUUCAUCUGGGGGCGAGGAAAUGGAGGACAUGGAGGAUAUCAAAGAUAUGGAGGGCGACAGCUUGGUCCGCAUCCGAUCUCGACUCCACCAACGCUUCCGACUUAUCGACUUCACGCCGACGCGUCUCCGACUCCGCUCCGACUUCACUCUUGAGUUCCUCCCUUCUAUUUCAUUCUAUUCUACGUAUAUACGUUUUGGACUUCGGUCCUCCGACUCCGUUACCCCUUGUCCGUAUCCGAUCUUGACAUAUACUAUCGAUACACUGCCCAAAGUUAUAUACGAGGCUGCAACAGCCAAUACCGACCCCCAUGCAUUUCGCAUCCAGGGCAGCAAUGUCAGUGCGAUGGCCGACCUGUAUUUGGUAGCCAUCGGGCAGGCGAUCACCGAUCACGAUUUCCAACAUGUUCCCUCACCAAAUCGAGAGUUCCAAACGCUUGACGAUCAUGGCAUCAGCGUUUCGUUCGGUGCUGGGCUGGAGAGGGAGGUCACCUGGACUGCAAUGAAGCAGUAUCUCGACCAGCAGGCUGUGUGGUAUCUUCCUUGUGCAGAUGGCCGAUCGACACUUAAGACUCAGUUGCCCUCUUCGGCUGCUCGCUGGAUUUCGGAUGAUCGUCUGCUUGCUAUCGCAAGGCUCGGGGCCCUUACCUCACUCUGCAUGAUCCAUGGCUUCAUGCCUGGUCCCAUUGACCCCUGCAUCAUCCAAUUCGCUGUUCAUGGGAAAGAUAUCAAUGCCCUACACCCCUCAUUCAUUGGCGAAUGGCACCCUGAGCUGCGAAAGACAAUCUUAGACUGGAUCGCUGCUGGUCCAGCUGGUAACCUCGCACCAUUUCGCCCACAUUUCGCAACCUGGCACGAUAUGGAGGUGCUGGCUCUACAGGGUCGCACCCCAGCCCUACACGAUGCCAUGGCCUGUGAGAUGCUCUAUCGUACUAUUAUAGGGCCUGAGCCACAUCUCCAUCCUGAAUGGGAGGCAUUCUUCAGUGGCCUUGCACUGCCCUGUGCAGGUGGCUUCAACCUGCUCAAUGUCAUCACAUCACUACAGGGGGGGUCUGAAACCUUCCUGAACCUUGUCUGGACCUCCCACAUCUCCUCGUUCAGUGCAAUCAAUGGGUUGAUUAGGAUAACCGAUCCUGCCCCCCAAUUGGUGGCCCAGCUGCAGGCAGCCUCCCAGGACAGGACUAUGCUUUUUUCCUCCCUCGUUCGCUCUUUUCUGAGUGGCUCGGGUAUACCAUGCCCAGGUAAAUUUGAAGAGGUGAGGGGACAGAUCGGAUCGAUCAUUGACCUGUCGAAGAUCGACGAUGCUGGGUUUCGUAGCCAGCACUUCGUCUGGGCAGCCACUGGUAGCCCCUUCCUACCUACAGGGGGUGAUGUGCUGAUGGUGGACUCCGUUGAUGAGGCCAGCCCAUCAUAUGCCCCUCGGGGUACUGGAGCUGCCAUGGCUCGCCAGGGUAAAAUUUCGUUUCGCACCUGCUUUCGGAUGGCACACCUGCCUAUCCAGUAUAUACUAGCCCUUGUAGGUGCAUCCUACCUGGAAGACAGCGAGCCAAGGUCGCUACAGGCUGCUGUAGAUCACUGGCUGCUGUGUGAGUGCUCAGGGGCAAUUGGUGGGCAUACCAUCGCAUAG